CGCCGCGCAUGCGGGGCUCACACGGCUGCAGCCGGCGCCGCUGCCACUCCCGGGAGCAUGAAGGACCGAACCCAGGAGCUCCGCACGGCCAAGGACAGCGAUGAUGACGACGACGUCACUGUCACGGUGGACCGGGAUGGCUUCAUGGAUGAGUUCUUCGAACAGGUGGAGGAGAUCCGCGGCUUCAUCGACAAGAUCUCGGAGAACGUGGAGGAGGUGAAGCGGAAGCACAGUGCCAUCCUGGCCUCCCCCAACCCCGACGAGAAGACGAAGGAGGAGCUGGAGGAGCUCAUGUCCGACAUAAAGAAGACCGCAAACAAAGUUCGCUCCAAGUUAAAGAGCAUCGAGCAGAGCAUCGAGCAGGAGGAAGGCCUCAACCGCUCAUCCGCGGACCUGAGGAUCCGAAAGACACAGCACUCCACGCUGUCCCGCAAGUUUGUGGAGGUCAUGUCCGAGUACAACGCCACGCAGUCCGACUACCGCGAGCGCUGCAAGGGGCGCAUCCAGAGGCAGCUGGAGAUCACCGGCCGGACCACGACCAGCGAGGAGCUGGAGGACAUGCUGGAGAGCGGAAACCCCGCCAUCUUUGCUUCCGGGAUCAUCAUGGACUCCAGCAUCUCAAAGCAGGCCCUGAGCGAGAUUGAGACGCGGCACAGUGAGAUCAUCAAGCUGGAGAACAGCAUCCGGGAGCUGCACGACAUGUUCAUGGACAUGGCCAUGCUUGUGGAGAGCCAGGGAGAGAUGAUCGACAGGAUUGAGUACAACGUGGAACAUUCGGUGGACUACGUGGAGAGGGCCGUGUCUGACACCAAGAAGGCCGUCAAAUACCAGAGCAAGGCGCGCCGGAAGAAGAUCAUGAUCAUCAUCUGCUGCGUGGUCCUGGGCAUCGUCAUCGCCUCCACCUUCGGAGGCAUCUUCGGGUAGAAACCACCCCACCCGCCGCUCCGCUCGGGACGGUCUGUCUGCCCUCAGGAGGCCCGCUGGCUGCCGCCGCCUUCUGGCUCGGAGCCCCUUCCUUCCCACCCGUACCGCUCCUUUCUCGGCCGUAGGGCCCUCCGAACCCCCUGCCCUGAGCCGUCGUGUGCAUGAUCUCUGUGACAGUGUGUGUCUGUACCGAGGAGCCAGUGGGUGGGGGCAGGUCCGCAGGGAACAGACUCCGGCCCUGGCCCAGGCUGCCUCACCCCUCCCGGGUCGCGCUGCCCAGGGUAGCCAUACUCCCGUUCCCCUGCCACCCACAGUCCCGGUCCAGCCCAGGGUCUGCCCUCUCCUGGGACCAGGGCGCUCGCUGGACCCCCAACCUUGCCUCCUCCUCAACGGCCCAUCCGCCCUGACCUCUGUUCUCUCCAGCUGUCCCCCAAAGCCGAGCCCCCUGAGGGGUGGGGGCCAGCUGGCCACAUGGUGCUGCUUUUCAGGUCAGGGGAGGGGUGGCCCUGAGAGACAGCCCAGCUCUAAGCCUCUAACAGCUCAUCACUGCCAGGGAGGCUCAGGGUGUCGUGGCCAGGUGGCUUCAGGUGGCUUCUGGCUCGGUCAAGACCAGGCUCCCUCCCCGGCCUAGGGGCAGAGGCCAGCAGGUCUUGGCUGCCUCAUCCUCCCUUCCCACAUUCCUACAGCCCCAGGAGCAACCCCUCCGGGCUAUGCCUGACCCCAGGUAACAUUCUAGAGAGGUUGUCCGGUGCCUGGUUUCCAGCUACCCUUCGAGCUUAGGAGGCAAAUGGGAGGCAGAUGGGCCCGCCGGGCCUCUGCCCUAGCCGGAGCCCACACCCUGGGCCAGCCACCCUCCCCGGCCGGCCUGUCAGGUUCUCAAGCCAUCGUGUGUUGCAUGUUUGGGACAGGGGUCCCUGCUCUCUUGUGCCCUGGAAAGUCAGACGUCACCUCAGGCCUACAGUCACGUCCUGCCCUUGCUGUCCCCCCACGGACAUGCCACGUGGGUGUCUGGUGUUUGGGAUGCAGUACUCAGCAGCCAGCCGGGGAGGCAGACCGCCCUCCUCCCCUCUAGGGGCUUCUCCAGUCAGAAACGUGCCCCCACCCAAGAGCCUGCCCCCUUGCUGAUUGGCUGGGAGUGUGCAUGCGAGUGCAUGCGGCAGGGGGCGGGGCCGCGGCCGGGCCCCGCCUCCCCUCAGCUCUGCUCCUGCCCAGUGACUGUGACCACCGUCCGUGUUGCCUUCUUGAACAGCGACUUCCCUCCCCUCCUUCACCCCCUUCACCAAAGGUCUUGGUACAACCAGCUGCCCAUUUUGUGAAAUUUUUAUGUAGAAUAAACAUUUGUAUCUGUA